AUGGUGAAGUACUUAAAAAAAAAAAAAAAAAAGCAAAAUUUUUCGGAAAGUGAAGUCCUAAAAAAAAAAAAAAAAAAGCUUCUACAGAGAUCAAUAUCUCGAUACCACACCCCACCUCGAUCACGAUCGUGUUCUGAAUCUGAUGAUGAUGAGAGCAGUGAGACCCCUCCUCACUGGAAGGAGGAAAUGCAGAGAUUACGAACAUACAGACCACCCAGUGGAGAAAAGUGGAGUAAAGGCGAUAAACAUUCAUCCAGAAGAGACUGGUCUAAAUCUGAUAAGGAAGACCAGAGCUCAUCAACUUUAUCAAGCAGAGGGACUCGGUCGUAUUACAGGUCCCGAUCCAAAUCCAGAUCUAGGUCUAGAUCGAGAUCUUAUUCCCGAAGAAGUUCUAGAUCAAGAUCAGCCUCUAAAUCAUCACGUUCUCGAAGUAGGUCAAGGUCAAGCUCUAACCCUAGGCAGCAAAAGACAGUUCCCAAUUCUCCACGAAAUACUUCAACACGAUUAAAUGAAAAUAAGUUGAACAAGACUGCUGAGCCUGUAAGAGCAGUUAUACUCCCGAGUGAGAAAGUUGUCGUUCCACCAGUUGUCCCAGAAAGCCUCCCUGUUAUACCCUUAAGUGAUAGUCCACCACCUUCAAGGUGGAAACCUGGGCAGAAACCAUGGAAACCAUCUUAUGAGCGAAUUCAGGAAAUGAAAGCUAAAACAACCCAUUUAAUACCCACACAGACUAAUUACAAUUUAGUGGUUAUUAAAGAGGCUAACACUUCUUCCUCAUACUCUAAGCGACAAAGGAGUUCAGAUAGCGAUCGAAGCGGUUAUUCCAAAGAUCGUAGCGACAGAAGCUCAGAUAGCUGGCAAAGAUCAAGAAGCAGGUCCUCUCGAAGCAGGUCAUACUCAAGAUCUUACACGAGAUCUAGAAGUCCGUCUAGCUCUAGGACAAGAUCUCGUUCUUCUGGCAGAUCACCAUCACUGAGUAAAUACCGCAGUGAUAGGUCAGGUUAUAGUGAGUCGACAUCUUAUUAUUCCCUUAGUGAUGAUGACAGACACAGAAACAAAAGAAAAUCUGCAUCAAAUGAUCAAAAAGCUCGGUCUGUUAAACUGAGGCAAGAAACAAGCUCUGAAAGUACUCUCCCUUAUAAGCGUGCGAAAGACUACGAUGAGUCUUCACAAGGGCUGAAAGAGAGCGACAGUUUGUCGUCUUCAGACUUCUCUACUGACAGUGAGCGUUCUGCCAAAAUCAAAGUAGCCCAAGAAAAAGAUCGUUUUCAAUUGGAAGGAGAUACUCAGAAACAGGAUAAAAGUAGCUUAAGUUCCGAGAGAGGGGAGGAGAAAUCCAAGAGUGAACGAGAUUCUGACCAUGCUAAAAAGAAAGCAGGUAAGGAGAAAUCUUCUAAGCAACCUAGAAGUGGUGCAAAAACUAGACGAAAAUCCUAUUCAGGUAGUAAAUGGGACUCUGAAUCAAAUUCUGAACGAGGAGAGGCAAGGCAUAAUAGGGGCGAUUCCAGGCCCUCCUCUAGUAAAGAAGAAGGCGAGGCCACGUCCGGAUCUGAUACAGAGCUUAGCGUUACCAGAAGGAUAAAAAAACAAUCCAACUCUUCCGAAGGCUUGCUGGAUUCUGAUCGUACGUGGAAGACGAGCAAGCAGCCCCCGCUGGAGUUUGGUGAAGAAGAUGAUGAUGAGAUAAAUGAAAAGUCGGUUACCAAGGAUGAGAAAAAAGAAAAACAUCUCACCAGGGACGUCACAGAUGAAAAACAAGUUUGUCAAAAGGGUGAAAUAGCCAAGGAUAAAAUGGGAAAUGGUGAUAAGUCUUGUGCGGAUGAAAACCUUUUAGGUAAAAACACUACAUGUGAUGCCUCACCAGACUGCAGCAACCUUAAUAAAGAUAGUGUUGAAAUAAACGCUUCAGCUACUGUUUUAAACUCAGGAAUAAAUGUGACUGCUUGCAAGACUGAGAUUAAACAAGCCGAAGAAAGUAACCAGAAUGGAUUGGAAGAUGUUAUUCAGACAGAUGACAACAUGGAGAUUUGUACUCCAGAUCGUAACUCGCCAGGGAAGGUUGACGUGGAAGUUUUGUCUCCUGUCCUUCUCCCUGCUAAACCUCAGGCUUUAAGUGCUAGUAUAAACAAAGAUGUACAGGUUGAGACCUCUGAAACAGAUACUGUCAAACUAGGAAACAAUAUUAUAGACUUUAUUAACAUGAAAGAAGAAAAAGAAAUGGGAAGGCAGGAAAAUAACUCUGUCCCUGUGUCUUGUGCUAAAGACUGUAGUUUAAAAAGUGAAAUUACUGAAAGCACACAAAGCAAUGUGACAGAUAAUAAAUGGAAGCCUUUGCAAGGUGUUGGUAAUUUACAACCAGCAGCAAUUAGUACAGCUGCAGAAGCGAAGAACAUAGGUUCAGCACCAGAGCCUAAACCAGCAGGUUUAAGAAUUGAAAUAAAAGCUAAAAACAAAGUAAGGCCUGGAUCUUUGUUCGAUGAAGUCAGAAAAACAGCACGGCUAAAUCGAAGGCCAAGGAACCAAGAAAGUUCCAGUGAGGAAGAAUCUCCAAGUAGAGAUGACAAUAGACCAUCUAGGAGUCUCAGUAGGUCACGAAGUAAAUCUCAAUCGAAAUCCAGACACAGAACAAGGUCGAUAUCUUACAGUCACUCAAGAAGUCGAUCACGAAGUUCUACAUAUUCAUACAGGUCAAGAAGUUAUACAAGAAGCCGAAGCAGAGGAUGGUAUAGUAGGGAUCGGUCAAGGAGUCGAAGUAGUUCUUACCACAGUUACAAGAGUCGUAGUCGAACCUAUAGUAGAAGUAGAUCCAGAAGUAGUUCUUACGGUCAUCACAGUCGAUCCAGUAGGUCAUACACAUAUGACAGUUACUACAGCCGAAGUCGAAGUAGAAGUAAAAGGAGUGACAGCUAUCGACGAUCUAGAAGUUACGAUAGACGAUCCAGAUCUUACGGCUCUGACAGUGAAAGUGAUCGCAGUUACUCUAACAACCGAAGUCCCAGCGAAAGCAGCAGAUAUAGCUGA